CAAGACGAAUCAAAACAAAGACUUGAAGAGCACCGCCCCCCACCCACACCCACUGGUGCGGCAGCCGUAGUGGAGAACGCCCGCCCCGCGCCUCCUCGCCUCGCCGCCCGGGAGGAAGAAGACCCCUCCGGUCAGUCUCCACCGCUCCACGCAGCCACCGUCUCCGGCGACUCGGAGUCAGCAAUGCAGCUAUAUCACCACCCGUAUUCGCUGGACAGUCAGAAAGUGCGGAUGGCACUGGAAGAGAAGGGUAUUGACUACACCUCAUAUCAUCUCAAUCCGCUGACCGGCAAAAACAUGAAUGUGGCCUUCUUCCGCAUGAACCCUUCUGCGAAACUCCCCGUCUUCCAGAACGGCGCACAUGUCAUUUAUCGAGCUUUCGAUAUAAUUCAGUACAUUGACAGGCUUGCAGUGCAUUUAAGCGGUGAGAUUGUCCCUGUGAACACUGAAGUUUACCAGUGGAUGCAGAAAGUUGAUAGUUGGAACCCGAAGAUGUUCACACUCACUCACACCCCGAUCAAGUACCGCACAUUUGUCUCCAAGUUCAUACGGCGAGUGCUGAUUGCUCGCAUGGCUGAAUCCCCAGAUUUAGCCAGCAUGUACCAUGUUAAGCUCCGUGAGGCUUAUGAGACUGAAGACAGAUUGAAGGAUCCUGACAUUAUGAAACAAAGUGAGGAGGAGUUGAGCGAACUCCUCGAUGAUGUUGAAGCACAGCUCAACAAUGGCAAAUAUCUCGCUGGCGAUGAAUUCUCACCUGCGGAUUCGAUGUUCAUUCCUAUUCUUGCACGCAUCACUCUAUUGGACCUUGAUGAGGAAUACAUCAACUGCAGACCAAGGUUACUUGAAUACUAUGCAUUGGUGAAGCAGAGGCCCAGUUACAAGGUUGUAGUUGGCAAGUUCUUCAGUGGGUGGAAGAAGUAUCGAACUCUUUUCAAGACCUCAUUCUUCCUUUGCGUCAGAACCUUGUUCAGAAAAUACUAGAUGGUCCAGCAGACAGAAGUGCACUGUUGAUACAUGGUGAAACAAUGUGUACAGCGAGUUUAGCCUGAAUAUACAACAACUACAUCUUCAUGUGUUUUCUGCCGAGGGGUUGUGGUUGAUGACCUGAUUGUUUUGUUUUUAGUUUGUGAAAUUAAAUGUGUCUGUUUCCUUUUGUCUCUCUGCUUGCGUGCUCUUGUGCACAGCCCAGAACUUGUAGAUUAUAAUGCUUACAGAAUAGGAUUAUAUUAUACAUACAUUUUUUUUCUUAGUUAGCCCAUAUGGAAUUGAAAUAUCUCUAAAGAAUCAGGGUUGUUUCUUGAAACAGUUCAUGUCUGAAGUACCUUUUGUGCCAUCAAAAGUGGUUAAUGCAACUGCAAGGCUUUUCUUGGUCCAUUGUUGGGAUUCAUCCAUUUUUCCUAUUCUUU